AUGUCUGCCAUACUUGGUCGUACUAGCGCAGCUGCGCGGUCCUCGCUGAGAGCCGGAGCUACGAAGAAAGUUGCUCCUAUGGCUAGCAUGACUUUUGUUCGCACGAAGGCUACGCUACCAGACCUACCUUCUGUUCUAACAAUUGGACAUGCAGACGACUUCGGUGCGUUGGAACCGGCUAUCUCCGGCAAGAUCAUGGAGCUUCACUACAAGAACCACCAUCAGACAUACGUUAAUGGAUACAACGCCGCUUCGGAGCAGCUGGCAGCCGCGCAAUCGAAGCAAGAUAUCGCUUCGACUAUUGCCCUGCAGCCCUUGGUCAACUUCCAUGGUGGCGGUCAUGUUAAUCAUACCCUGUUCUGGGAAAAUCUCGCCCCAGCUAAGAAUGGCGGGGGUGGAGAGCCGGAAGGCCGGGUGAAGACUGCAAUCGACGGUGUCUACGGCGAUUUUAGCACCUUUAAGACCAAAUUCAAUGCCGCACUCGCUGGCAUCCAGGGCAGUGGAUGGGCAUGGCUGGUCAAGGAUAACGAGACUGGUCAAGUGCUCAUCAAGACGUAUGCUAAUCAGGACCCGGUGGUGGGUAAAUAUACGCCAUUGCUCGGCAUUGAUGCUUGGGAGCAUGCGUACUAUUUGCAGUAUCAGAACCGGAAGGCCGAGUACUUCAGUGCUGUCUGGGAUGUGGUUAACUGGAAGACUGUUGAGAAGAGAUUGACAUAA